AUGAGCUUAAUCGGCCCAGUAGAACUUCAUCUCCCAGCGCCUUUCAACAUUACAACGUCAAACAUUACCGCUGAACAAGAGUAUCCCAUAGACAAAACAAAUCGCGCUAAUUCGGUGGCUAUAAAGCCUAGAGUAUUUACCAUCACUGCGGUAGACCAGAAUGCCUUAAUGAAGCCAGACGUGUAUCUACGUAGUAUGCCAUACAUCACCAGCGUUCAUGCUCAUUCGGAAGAGUUCCGAGCGUGCAAUGCGCCGCUGGUUAUGUGGCUGCAGAACCUCCAUGUAUACAUGGUCCCAGUUGUAAUGGUAGCAACCCAAAACGUCAAAAUUAUAAACAUUUUCGAGAGGAUAAACUAA